GCACUUUGUGACAUCUGCUGAUGUAAAUAUGUAUAAAUACAUUUGAUUAGCUUAUAGCUACCCAAUCUCAUUGAAGGAUACAGCCAAUAGUUGUUUCCCAGGUUACUAAGGGGAGAUGGCUGCUGCUGAUUAUAGUAUUAUGUGCAUUCUACUUUACCUGCUCUGGCUCCCUUCUUCUCAUUCAUUGGUCUUGAACAACGUCACACUUCCACUGCUCUGCUCAAUGAUACUGUGUGACUUUGCAGAAUGGAGUGCACCUUCAAAAGAAAAACAUGAGUGACCUAGCCCUAGAGGCAAUCAGAUGAAAGAGGAUGCAUUUACCAGGACUAUUAUGGUCAUGUAAACCAUUGAAGGUCAACGGGACAUAUUACACAAUCAAGCAGCACAGACCUUCGACACGGCUCCCAUUCUGUAGCCCCUCGUAAAGUCUUCUUAUAGUAGCCACUGGGAAGCAUGUAGGUUGGACUGCGGAACAAACUCCAUUCUGCUUUUUUUUUAUAUACUGGAUGAGAAAACACCACACUUGCAAGUAGCCAUGGUGUGUACCAGUUCUGUAAGCAAGAUAGACAAGGAGUAUGGUGAUGGAGGACACAGACAAACAACUGCAUCUGAAAAGAAACGGAAUAAUUAUACUGUAGGCCUACUCUAAACCCGAAGCUAUUGUCUUCAUUUGAAAACUCAUAUAAUUUAAUAUGGUUCUUUAGAGCCUAUUCCUCUUUAUCAAUAUAGUUAUGCUGUUUGUAUUAUACUGGCAGACAUGUCAACUUUUCAAAUGAAUGAGUAAUUGGAAUACGAAUGGAUGAAGACUCAGCUUUCUCUGGUGUCUUUCCUGUGGUGUCUGAAGAGAAUAUUCUAUUAGAUUUUUUUCAGGCACACUUGGCUCUAUCCUGCAUACUCAUUUCAGUUACAGCCAUAGCCAUCGCCUGGUUUAUUAGAGAUUCUUUCAAAGUUGAAGAUUUUGACCAGAAACAUGUCUUUAUCACGGGCUGUGAUAGCGGAUUUGGAAAUUUGGUGGCAAGGCAGCUUGACCAAAAGGGGUUUCAUGUAAUAGCCGCAUGUCUCACGGAGAAAGGUGAAUCGGAAUUGAAGGCUGCGGCCUCUCCCAGACUGAAGACAGUUCUGUUCAAUGUUACCGACAGUCCGAGCAUCGAAAGUGCGGUGGAGUUUGUGCGCGCCGAGGUUGGAGAGCGAGGUCUCUGGGGGCUGAUCAACAACGCUGGGAGGUCCACACCUAUAGGCCCCACUGAAUGGAUGCAGUUGGAGGACUUCAAGAAAGUUCUAGAUGUGAAUUUAAUAGGUCUGAUUGACGUGACCCUGAAGUUCCUCCCACUCUUAAAGAAGGCUCAAGGAAGGGUGGUCAAUGUUGCCAGUAUCCUGGGGAGGCUUGCCCUCAACGGAGGAGGCUACUGCCUAUCUAAGUAUGGUGUGGAGGCCUUCUCUGACAGCCUUAGGCGGGAUAUGCAGCAUUUUGGUGUAAAAGUGAGUAUCAUUGAGCCUGGUUUCUUCAAGACGGGUGUUACCAGGCUGGACCUCAUUGAAGCAGACCUGCAGAGACUGUGGAACCGUCUCCCCGAGGAGGUCAAGCACUCAUAUGGACCCAAAUUCUUUGACGAAUAUGUAAAAGCUCAGGAUUUCUCCAUGGGUCUCCUGUGCAGCUCAGACAUCUCCAAGGUGACCAGUUGCAUGCAGCAUUCCCUCACAGCCUGCCACCCACGGACCCGCUACUCACCUGGGUGGGAUGCUAAGCUCAUCUGGAUCCCCCUGUCCUACCUCCCUGCGUUCAUAGCAGACUUCACAGUCGCUGUUCUACUUCCUGUCCCCAAAGACGACAGAAAGAGCCAUGCAAACCAAGUGGGUGUGGCAAACACAUGAGCCACUGGACUCUUUCCUUUAUCAAUCACGUCUAUGAUACAUUUUAGAUUGAUUUAUAUUCAUGAUUUGCAUUUCAAGGAUGUUGAUACUACACUGAAUAAAAAUAUAAGUGCAACAUG